AUAUACCAAUUAAAAGUGUGGCUUUAAAAGUCAGAAAUCUUUGAAGAAAUAAUACAAAUAGAGAAAAAUAAGGAUUUAUCCAUGGAGGAUAAAAAUAGAAGUUCAAUGGUGGUUUGUGUUACUGGUGGUUCAGGAUACAUAGCUUCAUUUCUGGUGAAAAAACUUCUUGAAAAUGGCUACAAAGUUCAUGCCACCCUUAGGAACUUAGAGGAUAAAUCAAAGGUAGGCUUGUUGAAGAACUUGCCUAAUGCAGAAGAAAAUUUGAAGUUAUUUCAAGCUGAUAGACCAGAAGAAUUUGAGCAAGCAAUCCAAGGUUGUGAAUUUGUUUGCCAUGUGGCCACUACUUUUCUACAUACUGAGGGAUUUCAGUACAAGAAUCCAGUAGAAGCAGCAGUUGCAUCAGUGAAGAAUAUUGCAAUGGCUUGUAUAAAGUCUGGUACUGUAAAGAGGCUUAUAUAUACAGGCACUGUGCUUGCUGCUUCACCAAUGAAGGAUGAUGGCAAUGGCUUCAAGGAUUUGAUGGAUGAAACAUGUUGGACUCCUCUCAAUGUCCACUUCCCUUUUAGUGAUGAUUUUGUUAUGAAUUAUGUGGAAGCAAAGACUGCAUGUGACAGAGAAAUCUUGAACUUUGGCAAAGAUGGAUUUGAGGUUGUGAGCUUAGGUUCUGGUCUAGUUGGAGGAACAACACUCUUGUCAAAUAUCUCACCAAGCGUGGCUGCUAUGUUGUCGGUGAUAACUGGUGAUGAAAUUUAUUACAAUCAACUCAAGUUCAUAGAAGAGGUUGAUGGAAAAGUUCCAAUUAUACACAUUGAAGAUGUUUGUGAAGCUCACAUUUUCUCAAUGGAAAAUAAUGAUUCUAUGAAUGGUAGAUUCUUGUGUGCUAGUGCAUUUGUUUCUUCUGCAGAAAUUGCAACUUAUUAUCAACAAAACUAUCCAGAAUUUCAUGUCAACCAAAAGUACUUGGAUGAUCCAAAGAGAGAAGUGAAAUGGGGAUCAAAUAAGCUCAUGGAGAAGGGUUUUGUGUACAAAUAUGACAUGAAGAAGAUAUUGGAUGACAAUAUUAGAAGUGCAAGGGAACUUGGAGUUCUCAAAUUACCAUCAUCUGCUUAAUGGAACUUUUAAUUUUCAUAUAUGAAAAAUAUUUACUCGUAUCGAGUGUUUGUAACAAAUCAUAUGAAUUUAUCGUAAGUAAUAAAAUAAGGUGAUAAUAUUUGCUAA